CGAGAUGAUUGGGAUACGAGUUCAGUAGAAACCUGACCGAAAUUGACAGUCGGUGAUGAUGACAAACUCACAGGUUGAACUGAGCUGAAUGCAUGCAGUCCCACUUUUGCCUUUUGUUGGGUUUAUUUUUGUUCUUUGAUGUAUAUGCACAUCAAUUAAAGGGAGCUGUAUUUGGAAUUCCAAGAGCUGAAUUGAUUACCAUGUCCUCUGUUGAUGAUCCAGCCAAUGCGGCAACCAACAGCUAUAACUUGGAUAACCAGAAUCCUGAAGGCAAUGAUAGAGAGAGCGAAGAUAAUUUAAGUUCAGCUUCUUCAAAAGAGAAAAGAAAACACUCUUCCACAGUAACUGAGGAGUUAACAGAUACCACAAGUAACAGUUGUGACAAGGUGAUUGAAAAGUUUAAAACGAAGGAGAAAGUCUUUGACCAUUUGACUAUUCACAGAGUCUUUGACCAAUGUGAUAGGGACAGUCCAAUUGCUCUUGAAGAGAUUUCCUUGAGGACAAGUGACUGGAAUGAACAAGUUCUAUCACUACUUAAAAUUAAAGUUGAUCAAGGUGUCUAUGAACCACAUGAUUUGUUUAACAGUGGAUUUGUUAAAUUUUUGAUUAAACAACAUGCAGCAAAAAUCAGCGGAUUUAUUGGAUAUACAGCUCGAAAUGUAGAACAUCAACUCUUGCUGAAGAAGUGUUUGACUCUAGCAUUCACAGACAUUGUUAAGGUGGAUUGUUCAGAAAUUGAUGAAAUACCUCUGCAUAAAGUAAUUAAGAUGGAAAAUGAGUUAAAUUCCCGUAAGUGGACACAGAAGUUCUUGAAAACCCUGGGGAGCUUUGAUUCAAAACAUGAGUGGUCAGUGAUUGACUUCUGUCAGAGUUUGAGAGUAUGGAUGAAGCAGUUUGUACAACAGCUAUCUUGGAUAGUCCAAAAACGUAAAAGAAGUAUGCCAGAGGAAAUUACUGAAGGAAUGUUUCAAGAAUUGUUUAUUUUAUUUGUGAAAAUGUUUAGGACCCAAAUAACUGGAUACCCGAAUUUGUCGCCAUAUUUACUACAUCUUGGAGCACAGAUAGUAUCCUCCACUCCAGAUGCCCUAAUAUACUCGUCCUCCUGCAGAGAUGUUGGAAAAGAAAAUGCUAUUGCAGUGAUAAAGAUAAAUAAGGAAUACAGAAAAUGUGAAACAGAUGAAGGGUAUGGAGAGCAAAGAAGUAUAGGGAAAAGAUUAAAAUUGGACCAGAAGAUGAACCACAUUCCUUCAGAACUUAAGGCAAAACACAUAGGAGAAAUGUUGGCCAUAUUGCCUUCCUCAGUCUUUGGAACUCGUGGGAUUUAUGGAUUCUUGGUCCAGGGCACAAAGGUUACACUGGCAUCUUUGGAGGCUGAUGAGGAAUAUCUCGAGAAUUUAUCAAAAGGUGUUAUUCCUGAAAAAGACUCUUGUGCCAAAGUUAAAUACAGCGAAGAGUGUAAUAUUUUGACCUUGGAGGGAAGAUUAGCAUUGAUUCCAACACUUCUUGAUAUGACAGCAUUGUUGCACUAUCUAUGUGAAGGCAAGACAUAAGUGUAAUAAAUAUGCAUGAAAGGAAGCACCUCACAUACAUACAUGAACUGCAUACAUUGUACUUGCAAAAUGUCAAAGAUCUCAUUUAAUGUGUUCUGCAAUACAGAUGUACAUUAUGUGUGUGUUUUUAUGGAAGAUAUGUUGUUUGCAUACGCUUGCUGAUUCUAUUGCCGUCCAAUGUAUUCUAUGACUGAAAAAUUCAACAGUCUAUCGAUUGAUCUCAUUGUAUUAUGAUGUAAAAUUGUUCAAAUAAAUUAUAACGCUGUGUUUAAUACUUUGUCUUCGUGAGCUUUGUCUGUAUGGCAGUUUUCAGUAUUUUGAUACAUGUAUACUGAUUUGGUUACUAUUGCCAGCUUGUCAUCUAAGUCGCUCUUUGUGUAUAGACUCCGCCAAAUUUGCGAAUGCUGAUUAAAAAAUCCGUGACAUCUUGCAAAAUAGCAUUCAAUAAACAUGCUUACAUCAUGUCGUUUGUUUGCGACAUUUACUAAAAAAUGACGGAAAUACGGGCGAUUAUUAUAUCAUUUCACAAUCUUAGAAGCCAUUGUUUAUUCAUGUUUCCAGGGGGACAGUGGUAAACAAAUCUUAAUAUUUUUGUUAUUUUUGGAAGAAUUUUAGCUUAGAAAACAGAAUGUCAAUUAUGUUCUCCUUCGUUUCACUCAUCCGAACAUAAAGUAUUUCUAUUCUAAGUAUUUCAUAAAUAACAACAACACAGGUGUUAGAGUGAGUGAGCUAUCGACCAGUUAUUCGCCGUAAUAUACAAUCAGCACGCGACUUUAAUAGCGAUGAACUGGAAUUAGGCCCAAUAAUUGUAUA